GUCAUCGUCAGGUUAGGUAACAUAAGAAUAGAAAUAUCAGUGAGUGCUAGAUAGUGGAUAACCUCAAUUUUGGAAUUUUAAAAAUAUCGUACGUGCAACGCUAUUAUCCGAGUGCGUAAAUACGAAAUGUUUGGAAUACACCAUUUCUCUAAUGUCGCCUCGCGUAUUGUUGUCGUUCGAAGAAAUGGUGCACGAUUCAUAAGCUUUCUGAAAAUGAAAGAAACAUUCCAGCGAUUAGUAGGCAUGAACGCCAAUGAGUUACCGUAUGAACACGUCUGUCAAGUUGGCGAUCCUGUUUUGCGCGGUCGUACCAUGAAGAUAGAACCGGAAGUCAUAAGAAUGGCGGAUUUUCAAAAAGUAAUCAAGCGUUUGAUAAACGUUAUGCGGGCAUACGACGCGUACGGUCUAUCUGGGCCUCAAAUCGGACUACCCUGGCAAAUAUUCGCCAUCGAAUGUACGGAAAAAACUAUGAAGGGGGUCGAGGAGUCCGUCAGGAAGGCUCACGAAAUGAAUGUCGUUCCGAUGACGAUUUUUAUCAACCCCGAAUUGAAAGUUAUAGACUAUACACCUAUCACACUUUACGAGGAAUGCGCGAGCAUUCAGGGAUAUUCCGCUGCUGUACCUAGAGCCUACGAAGUAGAGAUUACUGCCCUGAACGCUUCCGCUGAACAGUUCACGUGGAGAGCACGUGGGUGGUCUGCUCGAAUAGCACAACACGAAUACGAUCAUUUACAAGGGAAGCUGUACAUAGAGAAAAUGGAUGUAAGAACAUUUCACUGUACGGCUUGGGACAAGAUUAACAAAAAUAAGGGCAAAGUGCGCUUGAGUUAUUGGCCAAAUAAGUAACACGUGUGUCGCAUACGGAUAAAUAUUUAAUUAAUUAUUGACUGAAAUAAAUGUACAGUAACUCAUAUUAAAAUUAAUGCACUUAUUCACGCGUUUUCCACUAUAUAUUUAUGAAACUGAUAGCCCAAUCAUUUUAUUGAAUAUUCUUGAAUUAACCAUUAGCAUUGUUUUGAAAGUUGGUUGUGAUUUCUCUCUUAUCAUAUUUUUAUAGAUAAAAUUUUAUAAACAGAUUUCAGAAUACAACAUCUACUCUUUAUUUAUAGAAUGAUGGUAAUUGUAUUUUUAUCUACAUUUUUCUUCUUCGAUCAUGUUCGAUGAAUGACAAGAUGAACUGAAAGAAUUAUUUUAUUUCUUUUCCUUGAAUAAAUAUUCAAAGAAGA